AUGGCUGAAGCGGAACAGUGCAUCAUAUGCCUGGACCCUUUACCUCGACCCUCGGCUCCCCUUCAAGCUCCAGCUGCCCUCACUAUAGCUGCGAGUGAUGCUGCUUCUGCUGGUCCUGGUACUGGUACUGGUGGUGUUUCUGCCGCAUCCGCAUCCGCAUCUGCAUCCACCUUUACUUCUGAGCCCACGCCCAUUCCUGCCACAACCACUACAGCCACAGAAGUUCUUGAGGAUGAUUCAAAUUAUUUGAAUAUUGUCGCUGAACUUGACGGUUGUGAUCACAUUAUCCAUGAUGCAUGCAUUCGCUCAUGGGCGAAAAAGACAAAUACAUGUCCAAUUUGUCGCUGCCCGUUUCAUUCAGUUCGAGUAUACAACGGUGUAGACGGAACCGCCAUCUCCAAAUACGAUGUCCAAGAUAAAAAACAGGUCGCCGAGUUCGAUGUAAGACAGUGGCUUGGCGAAAACCCCGAAGAAGAUGAAGAGGAACAAGGCAACCCGUGCCCUGUUUGCAACUCCUCAGAAAGAGAAGAUGUCCUACUCUUGUGCGACAGCUGCGAUGCCGCCUACCACACCCAUUGCGUAGGGCUCGAAGCUAUACCUGAUGGUGACUGGUACUGUAUGGAGUGUGCCCAUCUUUUUCAGCUUGCGGAAGAGCCAGAAGCUACCGAAGCUGGAGAGCAAUCACCUCGUCCUUCAUACGUGCGUCGCCCGAACCCUAGGAACGUGCGCGGUUACCAUGUACGAACUCGAGAACGACUAAGACGAGCUCGCCGGCAAGCUCGAAAUGUCGAGUGGCAAGGCGCAUGGGGCCAGUUCUCUGGUCGGUUUUACGAAAUGAGCGACUUGGAUUUGGACAACCACGAUGAUGAGGACGAAGAACUCGAGCAAUUUAGGCGAUUUCAAGAGGUUGGGCGACGUGAACUCGAACGCUGGCAACAACGAAUGGACAUCGCUCGCCGCUUGGGUGCUCGUGAUGUCUUUGUGAGCAACAUCCCCCCGGCCAUCAGCGAACGACUUCAACCAGCGCCUGAACCAGUGGUGCAAGAAACACCAGAAGAAAGACAGGCUUGGGGCGCCUUGGAACGUGCACGGCAAACUGAAGAGCCUACCACCAACUCUCGCAAGCGCAAAGGGCGGUCUGUAACGGCGUCGCCCCGCGAGCCAGUUCAAGAACCUGAAAGGAAGCUCAAGCGUCCUCGAACUCGUCGUCUGCCUACACAGAACGGCGAGGGCUCGAGUUCUGUAUCGUCCCCAGCACCUGGACCAUCAACAGCAAGGAUCAACACCAAUGGAGUAUCUUCGAGGAACGGUGCUGCCGAUCAUGGCGGUAUUGACCCUCCCCUAGUCUCAUCACUGCUGAAAGAGCUUGAACCUAGCAUCAUGUCUGACGACGACACAUCAAUAACAAACAAUGGUUGGCGGCACAUGCCAGAUGCCUCAUCGCCAGCUCUCUCGCCGGUUAUGUCACCGACCUCAUCGGCAUUUGGCAGCCCUCGGGCUCUGUCUCUCACUCCUCCGCCUAUGCCAAACUUUAAUGGUCGGCCAGGUUCGCCAACACUCUCGCUCAGCAGCACUAUUCAACCACGAUAUGCACCCGCAAAUUAUUCGCCCCCUCGUAAAAACCAUGAUCACAGCGACUCGGAGAUGCGCUCGGCAAGGAAUGCACCAAACAACUUUUCACCCACUCGUUCACGUCGUGAACGCCCGAGUCGCGAACAAACAAGUCGCGACAAUAGCGAUUCCGAGGCAGGCCCUGCAAGACUUCCCGAAAGCCGCCCGCUAGAGAUACGACAGCCCCGACCACGCCGCCCGGACGAGGUUCCAGUUCAAAGAAAGGAGGAACCUCUAACAGAUCUCAAUCUUACCCAAGAAGACAAAGUUAGCAUAAACGAGAUAGUCAAGGGAGCAUUACGACCGCAUUGGCGGUCUCGAAAACUGACAACUGAACAAUACUCGGUUAUCAACAGAGACAUCUCAAGAAAACUUUAUGACGAAGUCAAAGGUGCAGCAUCGCUCAGCGAUGAGGCCCGCCGACAAUGGGAGAACCGAGCGACCAGGGAGGUGGCUCAAGCAGUUGCAGAAUUGUCUGCUUAG